AUGCCUUCAUCAAACUCUUCACCAAACUCCUCAUGGACGCCCUCACCGACGCCGUCUCCGAAUCAUGCACCGGUUUCGUCUGCCGUACCCAUCGGGAUGACGCCACGACCAUUUGCCCCGCCUUCCAAUCCCUUUCCACACUUCUGGAGUCCACCACCGGAUCCCGAGAAGCCAACGUGUCCGUAUCGGGCGGGCUUUGCCGUGGAAAUCAAGCCUCACACCCCUCCUCCACCAUUUGGCACUCCCCGUUAUGGUCUGGGACUAUGGAAAAGCCGAAGUGACGUGAACCUAAAGUCAGUCACGCAGACUGAGCUUGUUUUGGCAUGCCCUCCCCUUGAACGCCAAAACACUCUGUCCUCGUCCCCCCCAGCCACGGCCACCCUCACCAUUCUUAAGACCAUCGCCGUGAGAGACGACCGGGGCGCCCAGCUGGUCGUUUGCUCUGUCGAUCCGAGCCCCUGCCCGCAGGAACCUGACGGGUUUGUCGCAAAGAUAUUCGAUCCGCUCUACUACUCCUUCGAGUGCUCGGUUGCGGCACACGAGGCUGAAGAUGUCUCCUUUAAUGCUGACGUUCACUAUACCCACGAGGCCGCCGCGCUCGACCAUCUCGAGCGAAUGCGCAAGAACGGUCGUCAGGGAUUGUCUGCCCCAAAAUAUUUUGGUGCUUGGACCUUUACCUUACCCAUCACCCACGCGGGAAAGAAGGUACAGCGGUCUGUCCGCUUAGUGCUGAUGGAGAACAUCAAGGGCCCCAGUAUUCGGGACGUUUGCCGUGAUGCGGCUCUACUCUCGUGCUAUAGCGAACUAGAUCGUCUCGAUAUUUUCGCUGCAGUGUUGGAUAGCGCCGUGAGACAGUGGCACGCAGGUGUCCACCAGCGGGAUCUAGCCUCGCGCAACGUCGUUCUACGGCCUAGGCUAACCUCUUCGCCAUCGGGGCCCAACAGCCAGCCUCUGCCUCAGCCUGUUAUUGUCGACUACAAUAUAGCUGUGGUAUUCGAGCUCUCUCGCGAUGGCAAGCAUCCGUACCAGCUCAUGAAGCUUCCUCCAAAUCCCAUACAACUCUACUGGGGCGUCUUUUUCGGCAAUUUCGAUGGCUGGCUACCGCACGAGUGGGAAGACUGUCAUAAGAUUUGCCAGCAAUGGAUGAGGGAGCGGUUUGGGGGGGAGGCCGCCUCACAGUAUGCACCUCUCACCAGGGAGCCGGAAUUUUCCAAAUAUUAG